UUUCCUUGCAUGAUUUUGCCUUGAAAUUCUCUAACCUCUCAAAGUUUGUGCUUGAAAACAGUGGAAAUAAAAAAUAAAACACAAAUAUGCACAGCGACAGGUGCUAUUCGUCCUAAUAUCGUCUACGUUUGUUAUUGAUUAUGGGUUUUUCAAAAAAUUUCUAAAAGAAAUUUCUUUCAAGACUUUGCAUAAAUUUCCAAUGUGAUUUGUGUGAGAGCAAAGAGAACAAAAAAAAACGUAGAGUAACUUACCGAAGUGUCAAAAUUCGAAGAGAAAAAGAGCGGGAGAAAUUAUGAUCGAUCAAAUCUAUGGGAGAGCAACAACAAAAACGUGUUUUCUUACAAUGCAUGGUUGUAUUUUAGUGUAGUAGUGACUACCAUACAAGUAUUUUCUUGGUAUUUUUCUGUGUCGCGCGAAAUAUAAAAACAAAAAAGGAAAAACUAUUCGUCCUCAAAACAAUCCCUGAAUUGCUUUUGAUAUAAGAAUCAAAAACUUUUUUAAAUGUAAAGAAACUAGCAUUUAAAUCGUCCUCGUUCUCUCAAGCAAUAAAUGUGACAUUUUCCUAUACAAUUUGCUAGUGUUGCCAGGACUGAUGAACUCCGUCCUACAAACAACAACAUUGAUGGCAAAAUUUUCCGAAAAACGUGAUAAUUGAUAUCUAAAAUCUGUGAAACGGAGAGAAUAAUCCAACAAUUAACUGAUAGCUGCAUCCAUCACUUAACUUCUAAAUGAACGACCAGGCCUAUGAGCUUCUAAAGUGAAUAGGUCGAGUCACAAAACCGGAAACAGAUAGCUGUAAUUUUUAGAAGACCAACAAAACAACUUACCAACCAACCAACCAUAAAGUUAUUCAAUAAUUUUUUGGUAAUUAGGUAAUACUUCUUUGUACACUUUUCUGCAAGAGAAGAAAGACAACGCAGCAUUCCUAGAAUGCAUAUAAAAAGUCUGCAACAUGCUCAUGCUGCUGCAGCAGCGGCAGCGGCAAUGCCAAACUGUGAAAUUGUAAUUGUAUCAUCGUCGCCUAAUCAUAAUAAUAACAACAACAAUAAUAACAAUAACAAUGAAAGUACAAAUGGAACAUCCAGCAAUGGUAGCGGAGGCGGCAGUGGAACCGGCGGUGGUGGAGGCGGUGCCCACAACAACAAUCAUCAUCAGCAGGGUCCAACGACUGCUGCACCAACGGAAAUUCCAAUACCAUUUAUGCAUUUGGCAGGAGUAAGUGCUGAGGCACACGCGGCCGCCCAAGCAGCAGCCAUGGCAGCGGCCCAGGCCGCAGCCGCUCAAGCUGCGGCAGCUGAACAUCAAAACGGUGGGAAUGGACCUGCACCUGGCAGUGCUUUGGCCCACCAUCAUGCCAUACUGCAGCAACAUCCAUUGGCUCAUUUGGUGGCCACCGCUGCACACAGUCCUGCACUAUCGGAACAACAUUUUAUUGCCCGCGAUGCUACCGUCUUGACCAACGGCCACAAUGGCAGUUCAACGCCCGUAUCGGCUGGAGGUCCGGCACCGGAAAAGCCAUUUCAGUGUAAUGUCUGCGAACGGCGAUUCCGGCAACUGAGCACACUAACCAAUCAUGUGAAAAUUCACACUGGAGAAAAACCGUACAAAUGCAAUGUUUGUGAUAAAACAUUUCGUCAAUCGUCCACACUAACAAACCAUUUGAAAAUACAUACCGGAGAGAAACCGUUUAAUUGUACCUAUUGCCCGAAACAUUUUCGUCAAUUGAGUACGCUAACAAAUCAUUUGAAAAUUCAUACAGGUGAAAAACCUUUUGAAUGUGCCGUUUGUAAAAAACAAUUCCGUCAAUCUAGUACUCUUAAUAACCAUAUAAAAAUCCAUGUAAUGGACAAAGUCUAUGUUCCCGUCAAGAUUAAAACCGAGGAAGAGGAGGGAUGA